GCGCAUUCUCAUUCAGAACCUAUCGCAAGAGGAUCUGGCAGGGAGCUCGAAAUACGCCUCCGGUGAGGGUGAUGUCAUCCGCCUUUCCCUGAGAAGUGUUACAGAGAAUAUCCGAGACAGAGGAAGCUCGACUCCGCUUAUGCGGAGGAUGCUCUGGGGUUAGGAUAAAGUACAGGACCCACAGAAAGGGAAUGAAAAACAACCGUCUGCUGCCAGCUGUGAAACAAACCAUAUUCAUUUAGCCGAAGACAAUUGCCUAGCACCAAGGAUCACCACAAAGCCAGUCUGUAUUAUUUUCAAUACAGCAACAACGACAUCUGCUUAGUACUUUACUGAAAUUACAUCUGUCAAGGUCCUGACCUGUUGUAUCGAUUUGGUCACAGGCUUUUUUUUUCAGUUAGUACUUACAAACGCGGCAUCAUUAUUAUCAUUGUUAUCGUCGGACAGAAAAAGCUUGAGCGGCGCCGCAAGAUUGAUGUUUCAAACUGGCUUCUCUGAAAGACACAAUUCGACCUCGGACAGGAUCCCUGCGUUCAGCACCUCGGAUAGCUCCCGUUCCAUCCUCCGGAGGAGUACCAACUAACACGGAGCCUGCGGUGUUUCCCGCCGCUCUGCUUACUCUCGGCGCCCCCCAGCAGCAACACACAUCACGGAAUCGAACAACACAUCAUAUUGAAACUGCUCCGAGCCGAUUCAGCACCAGGCUGAGCCAAACGCCCUUUUCUAACAGCUUGAAUCGAGUAAAUGACAUAUACACCUCGGAUGAGCCGUUUGAACUUGUUUUUACUUUAUUUAAUUAACACGUUUUUUGUUUUUUUUAUCUGAACGUUUCUAAAUAAAUAGACUAAUUCAUAUAUUGUAUUAUAGACAUCCUCUGACCAACGCUGCUGGUGUUAACGUAUACUACCUUUGUAACACACUACCUCUAGAAUCGUAAGUAAAAGCGACUUUGUCUGCAGAUUGAACGAAACUGGAAUGCUGGGGGCGGACAAAGUCGAAUUCCAUCCCAAUUCUACGCUGUUCUAAAUUUCAAAAGUUAUUGUGUGAAAUAGUAUUACUUAUAAGGAGCAAAGCCACACGAACGAAUCCGUUGGACAUUGUGUGUGUUUAAAUAUAAUAUUAAUGAAACUCAAUAUUCCACCCAGGAUCUCCUGCUCGAGGAAGCCGGGGGUCUCUUCCAUCACGCAAUAAUAAACUUCAUUAUACCGGGGGAUUCGUACUUCCCUGCAGCUAGGAGGACUAGCACCAUGGCCAAUGAACCUGUGAUCCUCAACGUGUAUGAUAUGUACUGGAUAAAUGAAUACACUUCCACCCUGGGGAUCGGAGUCUUCCAUUCAGGGAUUGAGAUCUACGGGAGAGAGUUUGCUUACGGAGGACACCCCUACCCCUUCAGUGGGAUCUUCGAGAUCACUCCAGGGAACGCCACGGAGCUCGGAGAGACCUUCAAAUUCAAAGAGGCGAUCGCGCUCGGGACCACAGACUUCGCUGAGGAGGAUGUGGAUAAGAUCAUGGAGGAGCUCGGGAAGGAGUUCAAAGGCGACGCCUACCAUCUGAUGCACAAGAACUGCAACCACUUCUCCUCAUCCCUGUCUGAGCUCCUGUGUGGGAGGGAGAGCCCUCGCUGGGUCAACCGGCUGGCCUACUUCAGCUCCUGCAUCCCCUUCCUCCAGAGCUGCCUGCCCAAGGAGUGGCUGACCCCCGCUGCCCUGCAGAGCCACAUCAGCCUGGGCCUGCACAAAGAGGAGGCAAGCGAGUCCAGCGACGAUGACACCCCCUCCGCAGCGGGGGGCGCUGCAGGCCCCAGCUCCUCACACAGCUGCAAGCACACGCGGGUCUGAGCCUCCACCACCAGCAGCAAUCACACACAGCCAGCCAGCAGGGCGGCGCCCCUGGGGUCUGCAGUACAGUGUGCCUGUGUGUGUGUGAGGACUGGACUGAGGAAAAGGAUUGACAAGCCCACUUAGGAUAUGAACCCUGAUCUUCUGGCUCCUGCACCCUGGGCCAACAACAGGCCACCAACCUUGAAGGAGCUGUACCUCAGCAGGGAGACACAUUCUACAGAAAUCAGUGAAUGGAACUAUUGCUUUUUAACAAGGCCAUUCCCACCAUGUCCUGGGAGCUGCAGUGUGGUGCACUGUUCUCUGAACCUCAACUGACAUAUGCUACCUUAGUUAGAGGCAUUACUGUAGUUUAAUGGGAACUGGGGACUGUUCUGAAUUAAUUUAACAGUGUUCAAUAGCCAUCAGGUACAGGGAAGUUAGAGCGUCUCAAGUCCUACGCAUUGCACGUCUUCAUAAAUAGGAGUUAAGAAUUUUUUUUCCAUGUUUCUACCGCCUGAAUGGAAUUUUUCAAAAUUUUGGAAAAAUACGACCUGAUUUGUCAAUAAUAGUAUUGUAGCCUUUAUUAAUCAGGUUAUUUUAAAUCUUGUCAAGGAUCCUUUUUGUAAUAGAAAAGGAAAGCUAUUUCAUUUUCUAAUCAGUAUUAAAUGGAAGUAUAAUUACAAUUUGAAGUGCUCACUCGGUUUCCUUCUUGUGUGUUUUUAUGUGUGAAAAUAAAACCUGAUAAAACCUGCGUUUCAAUGUUAACACUGAUAACAGAGUGGCAGCUAUAGCCUUAGAUCAUUAACGGGUUUGUUUAGUAUAACAUUUUUGGGAUGUAAAGAUAAUGUCAUAAUUAAGGCUGUAUUGAUUUCAUGGUUAUCACGGAUUUCAUGAAUUCCAUGAAAUGUUCCCAUUGCUGUGUAAUAUGUAGUUCCCUGUGAAAUUCCUGUUUAUGAAACAAUAGUGUAAAUAUACAUAUUUUUAUCACUUAAAAAUACAUACAGAAAAUCUUUGCCUUAUUGACGCACUACCUGUUACACUGCAUUUAGGAACCAGCUUCCGGUAAGGUGAUUUCAAAUGUCAUCAACGAAAUAGACAGCAACUGCAUCAAAGAUCAGAAAUAUUUCUGCUGAAGAUCGCUCUGUCCAGUACAAGAAGGGGAUAUUUCACGUGGCUGUUGUUAUUGUUCCAUUUAUUUAUGUUUUUAUUUUGUUUGAUAAUUCACUGGUGAUAAAAAUAGAAUCUUUAAAAGGUGGACAUAAAAAACGAAACAUUCUUCAAUUUAAAAUGUACUGUUUCAGGUAAGCAUUUAAAUAUUUAGGAACAUUUGUUGUAGAUUUCCAUUACAUGAGAGCAGAUGUUAAAACUUCAUGCUGAUUUGAACUCGGCUCUCGCCAAGAUAAAGUGAUCAGUUUUGAAUGUGACAACGCUAUUUUUUCUGAUUUAAUAAAUGAAUCUUGAAAUAUAUCUUGAAAUAUCUAUUUCUAGACCAUGAAAUGUUGUGAAAUAAGCCAUUUUUUACAGUGAAAAAAUGCAGCCGUAGUCAUAAUAUGAUACACAUGGCGACAGGACGGGUUACUUGUAUGAUGCAUAAUGAGAUUAAUAGAAACAAAAGAUAUGCUAGGGAGAGAUGCAUUCAUACCAACUACUGUAUACUGUGAACUACAACGAGCUAUGUUGUGCAUUUGGUCUUGUGUCACAGUUCAUAACUAUUAUUAUACGUUAUUUCAUUGAUACACAGUGAAUCGUUACACUUCUAAUGAGUUCUAGAAUUGCUUUAGAAUGAUCUCCAUUUAUCUUGUUACCUUGCAACUUUACAUACAUUUAUUACAUUCACAUAUUGUUACAAUAAUGUCAUACACUAACACGGACUUGUGCCUCUUUCAGUCCUUUCCAAACCUGGUUCUUCUUCAACCAUGUCCUUAGUUACUUAAAUGGUAAAUAAUAAGGAUUCUACCUGGCCACUUUAUUAGGACACUUAGAUAUUGGGUUGGACCACCGUUUGCGCUGAUCACAUCUUCACACUAUGUGGCAUAGACUCCACAAGGUGCUGGAUGGUUUUCUGAGGGAUGUUAAUCCAGCAGUCUUUAAUAUUUCAUGUGAUUGGUGCUGAGAGGCAGGCAGAUGAUCGUGAUGAAUGUGUCCUUCUUUGGAUUGAGAUCCAGGGAUUGUGGUGGCCAUGGAUGAUGCCUGAAGUCUCUGUAAUGCUCCUCAAACCUUUCGUGUACAUAUGUAUCUGACAUGGUGGAUCGGUGCACUAUCACCUUGAAAUAACCAUCAGGGUACAAAUGCAGCAUUGUUGGGUGAACUUGAUCUGCAGCGAUACUAUGGCAUUCGCUCAGCCUUCCAUAGUAAUCAAGGAACCCAGGGCAAUACCUGUCCAGGUAGACCUGUCCUAAUAAAGUGGUCUGGCAGUAUAGGUUUAUAUAGUGUUCAAUUCUGGGAUUGAACAGUGUUGUGAUUGUGGAGCUCCAGUGUUGUGAUUGUGGAGCUCCAGUGUUGCCAUUGUGGAGCUCCAGUGUUGUGUCAUUGUGGAGCUCCAGUGCUGUGUCAUUGUGGAGCUCCAGUGCUGUGUCAUUGUGGAGCUCCAGUGUUGUGAUUGUGGAGCU